GAUCUUGCGCUGGUUUGAAUUGAUUUCUGGGUUGAAAAUUAAUUUUUGUAAUAGUGAUGGGAAAAGAAGAUAAGAUAACUGAAAUAUCACAUUCUGAGGGGUUGGAUGGAGGGAAUGACAUUGUCUCUUUCUGAGGGGUCGGAUGUAGAGAGUGAAAUGUCUGCUUCUCGGCGGUUUCAUAAAAGGAAUGAAAUUUCUCCCUCUGAGGGGUCAGAUGGAGUUAAGAUUAAUUGGACGAGUUCUGAGGGAUCGGAUGGAGGGAAAGAAGUUGAAAUAACUUUGGCGAGGAAAGAAGUUGAAAUAACUUUGGCGAGAAAAGAAGUUGAAAUAACUGAAAUGAUUCAUUUUAAGGGGUCCGGUAGAGGGAAAGAAGAUGAGAUGACUAAAUAUUCUAGUUUUGUAGCACUGAAUAAGAGAAUUUGCGAAGGAAAUAGGAAAGCUGUUGAGCAGUUUUUUGUUUCGGAGAUGCAUCCACUAGGUACAAUAAUAUUAUCAGACGACGGCUACACUGCUCUUCAUGUUGCAAUACAGGCCGGGCAAGAUGAGAUUGCCGAGGACCUGGUAAAGAUGAUGUCCGAAACAGAUCUCGAAAUCAAGACUAAAAGUUUACGUCACACGUGUCUUACCCUAGCUGCGUCAACUGGAAGAACACACGUGGCAAAAUGCAUUGUUGAAAAGAGUCACAAAUUACUUACAGUUGGAAAUAAAGGAGGCCAUAUCCCAGUAAGGGUCGCAUGUACUACGGGCCAGAAGGAGAUUACACAAUACCUUUAUUCCGUCACCCCACGCGAAGUAUUUCGACCACAAAAUGGCAAUCAUGGAAUCAAUCUCAUGCGGUGGGGUAUAGAUAACAAGAUGUUAGAUAUUUGUUUGGAUCUACUUAAGCAGAACCCAAACUUGUCUGUUACUGCAGACAAAAAGUUGCGGGAAUCUGAGAGGAUGCGGUUAUCUAAGAAAUUGCGGGAAUCUCCUAUUCUUAAAUUGUCACAUCAACCUUCAAUAUUCUUUAGUGGAUGAAUCAAACAAAUUUAUGAUUUGAAGUUGACACAUCACUACGCCCUUGAAAUUCUUCGCUGUAUGUGUGACCAUGUUUCAACAUUAAAGAGAGAGUCUCUUCGGAAAAGUGGAGUGAUUGACGCAAUGUUUGAAGCUACCAAACAGGGUAUAGUUGAAAUCGUCGUUGAGCUCUUGAAAGUCAGCCAACCGGUCAAUCAUCGUAAUGAGCAUAACAGACACGUUUUCAUGAUUGCAAUCCAACAUCGUCAAGAAAAAAUUUUCAACCUUCUAUAUGGCAUUCCUGAUGCCUGGAAAAACCGAAUUCUUAGCCGGCUGGAUAAAGAUAAGAACAGUAUGUUACAUGUGGCUGGGGAGAAAGAUCCCGACUUUCAACAUGCUCGAAUUUCUAAUCCAGCGUUGCAGAUGCAAAGAGAAUUACAAUGGUUUAAGGAGGUGGAAAGCAUUGUUCCAGAAUGGUGCAAAGAAGUUAAAAAUAAAAAUGGUCAUACCCCUUAUGAAGUAUUUUCAAAGAGCCACAAGGAAUUAGUGGAAGAGGGGGAGAAAUGGAUGAAGGGUACAGCACAGUCUUUUAUUAUUGUCGGUGCUCUCAUUGUUACCAUUAUGUUUGCGGCAGCGUUUACUGUCCCAGGCGGCAACAAUCAAAACACCGGAUUUCCUAUUUUUUUCCACAAGAGAUUAUUUAUGACAUUUAUAAUGUCUGAUGCAGUUUCCUUCUUUGCGGCAUCAAUUUCAGUCUUAAUGUUUUUGGGAAUCCUAACAUCGCGCUUCGCCCAGGAAGAUUUUCUUGUGUCCUUACCCAUGAAGUUGAUCAUUGGCCUCUCCACUCUUUUCAUUUCUAUUGCAGCCAUGAUGGUUAGCUUUUGUGCUACUCUUUUGAUUAUGCUACAAGAUCAAUGGUGGGCAAUCAUUCACAUAAUUAUGAUGGCUAGCAUUCCAGUUACACUUUUUAUAUGGCUGCAGUUUCCCCUCCUUAAAGAAAUUUUUGUUUCGACAUAUGCUCCAGGAAUUUUUAACAGAAAAAAGAAGCCUUGGCUAUAUAGUAGAGAACAAGUUGAUUGAUGUUUUUGGAACGCAAAUGAGCAGUUUCCCCGCCAAGUUGAAAUUCUUUAGCUUGUUCUUAGGUUAUGUCUGUAGGAACUCCUAAUUUUCCUGUUUUAUUUGGUUGGAUAAUCAGAUUUCCUGCUUUAAUUAUGAGACCGUGGUCUAUGUACCUUCCCUGUGUAAAAACAACAUUAGAUAUGUUUGGUUAUGCUUUCAGAUUUCUUGCUUUCUUCCUAGUAUAUAAAUGAUUAAUGUCUUG